AAUUGCCCUGCUAAGCACGUGCUUCUAUAAAACCAAAAUCGUCGCGAUCUGCUAGUGUGCCUCUGCAGACAGAAUGCUGGUUCUUGUUCAGUACGAGGUAGACUCGACAACGGAGGUUGUUCAACCGAGUGCGAUUAGAGGAUUUCGUCCGACAAGCGUUGCCGAUUUUGACGGCACGAAAGACUAUGAAGUAUGGUGGCACGGCGACGACAGUGUCUCCGGUGGCUAUUAUGAAGCUAAGGUGCUCCACAUGACAGAAACGUUGGAGGAAAUGGAAAUGUUCCAAAGUAAGAGGCCCAGAAAAACAAUGAACCUCAAUGAAACGAAAGGGAAGAAGAGGACGAAAGGGAAGGCUGCACCUUCAACAAAGCAGCUUCGCCUCGAUACGCAAGGUGCGAUUGAGGCAGCCCUGGCUGCCCAUAUUGAGCAGGAGAGCCCGUCCAGCUGUAUGUGUUGCAGCGAUGGCUGCGAUAUACGGGCUGAGCUCGAAAAAGCAGAAGCAGAAAAUGCUGACCUCAAAAAGGAGCUGCAUGAACAGAACGAAAGCUUCCUCAAGAAAAUUGAGAAAUUGAAGGCCAAAUUAACUGAAGCUCGGCAGCUUAAUUCGGUGCUUCAAAAUGCAGUUGCGUCCAAGAUUUUUGAGAGUGGUGAGUGACGUUUACAUGUUCUUAUGAUUGUUAUUUACUUAUAAAAUUCCAGCAGCACCCAUCUAACAAUGAAUGUCAACGUUAAUGCCAAUAGCAAUGAAGCAGUACAGUGACACGCUUUAUUGCCACCGCUGAAAUGCCUGAUGUUUGAGGCAUGUAUACAGCUUAGCUCCUUUUUUGUGCUUUCCAUCUUGCAGUGCCAACAUGAA